UUACAGUGUGGUAUGCUGGGGGCUCAUCUGCAGAGAGGACAGUCCUCUAGAAGUCUCAGGUGCCGGUACUCUCAGCAGAUACUGUAAGGUGCCAGUACUCUGAAGAGACAAACAGAGAGGUGCUGGUACUGCAUACCUCACAGGGUGAAAUAUGGCCCAUAGCUAUGAGUCCAAAUGGUCAGUGGACGUCUCUGCCUGUCACUGCAAACUGCUUGUGGUCAGACUGUGAUACACGGGAACUGGUUUCUUUACAGCCAUAAACAUCUAAGCAAUGGCUCACCAAGAGAACUCGCUCACCGACCUCUUGCUGGAGAAUCUGGAAAAACUCGAUGAUGAAGAGCUGAAGAACUUUAAAUGGAGACUGAGUCACACAAAGUAUAAUGAGUUAAAGCCUCUUCCCAGGGGUCAGGUGAAGCACUUGGAUAGAACAGACCUCGCCGACACGAUGAUAAGUUCCUACAGGGAAGCUGGUGCUCUUGAAGUCACACUAGAAAUCCUGAAGAAUAUGACCCUGAAUGACCUUGCUGAGAGACUGAAGGAAGACCUGCAGAAAUGUAACCAAGUAGUAAGCGAGCUGGGUGACAUGUUGGAGAAAAGGGAACUCAUGUUGCACAGAAUCAAAUGUAACCUGAAGAAGAAAUAUGAGUGUGUAUUUGAAGGGAAAGCUAAGGAAGGACAGUCAACACUUCUCAAAGAGAUUUACACAGAACUCUAUAUAACUAAAGGAGGAACUGGAGGAGUCAAUGAUGAACAUGAAGUGAGACAGAUUGAAACAUCAUCCAAGAAAAGGCGAACAGAAGAUACUACAGUGAAGUGUAAUGAUAUAUUUAAACCCUUAUGUGGGCGUGAGACACCUAUCAGAACUGUACUCACAAAAGGGGUUGCAGGUAUCGGGAAAACAGUCUCUGUGCAGAAAUUUAUUCUAGAUUGGGCAGAAGGAAAAGCAAACCAGGACAUUCACUUCAUAUUUGCUCUUCCUUUCCGCAACCUGAAUUUGCUUGAGGGUAAAUUCAGUCUGACUGAACUGCUUCACCACUUUGAUCCAGAACUAAAAUCAAUUCCAUCCACUGAGCUGUUAAGGUACAAAGUCUUGUUCAUCUUUGAUGGUCUUGAUGAGUGUCGCCUUCCUCUAGAUUUUCAUAACAAUGAGAGCUGGUUUGAUGUAACAAAGAAAACAUCAUUGAAUGUGCUGUUGACCCACCUCAUUAAGGGGAAUCUGCUUCCAUCUGCUCUCCUCUGGAUAACCUCCCGGCCAGCAGCAACCAGUCAGAUACCUCCUGAAUGCAUCGACCAGGUGACAGAGAUACGAGGGUUUAGUGAUGCCCAGAAGGAGGAGUAUUUCAGGAAGAGAAUUAAUGAUGAGAGUCUGACUGAAAGGAUUAUCAAACAUGUGAAAUCAUCAAGGAGCCUCUUCAUCAUGUGCCACAUACCUGUGUUCUGCUCGAUUUCAGCCUCUGUCCUUGAGAGUAUUUUUAGGGAAACUGGCAGUGGAGAAAUUCCAAGGACUUUGACUGAAAUGUACACACACUUCCUGAUCUUUCAGACAAGAUUAAUUAAAAACAAGUAUAGACCCCAGAUCUCUGCGUCAAGCUGGUACAAGAAACUUAAGGAUGGAUUGAUGAAAAAGAAUGAAACUAAUGAUAUUAGACUCCUCCUUCUAAAACUAGGUAAACUGGCUUUUCAUAAUCUUGAGAAAUGCAAUCUCAUAUUUUACAAGAAAGAUCUUGAACAGAGUGACCUUGACAUCAGAGAAGCUUCAGUUUACUCUGGAGUGUGCACAGAAGUCUUUAAGGAGGAAUAUGGGUUGUAUCAGACAAAGGUUUACUGCUUUGUGCAUCUGAGCAUCCAGGAGUAUCUCGCUGCUUUAUAUGUCUUUCUGUCAAAGUCAUCAGCUAACCUACUGAAGACUGCAGUGGAUCAGGCAUUAAAGAGCAAGAACGGACACUUGGACCUCUACCUCCGCUUCCUCCUGGGCCUUUCAACAGACUCCAGUAAGACUCUGUUAGAAAGGCUACUGGGACAGAGAAGAUUCAGCUCACAUAACAUUGGGAAAACAGCUGAAUACAUCAAGGGGAAAAUAAAGAAGAAUUUAUCUCUAGAAAGGACCAUCAACCUGUUCCAUUGUCUAAAUGAACUGGGUGACAAUUCUCUAGUAGAGGAGGUACAAAGAUACCUGAAUUCAGGAAGUCUUUCAGCAGCAGACCUCUCACCUGCACAGUAUUCAGCUCUGGCCUUUGUGUUACUGAUGUCAGAUGAGGAACUGGAUGUGUUUGAUCUGAAGAAAUUCUUCAGAUCAGAUAAUGAGCACUGGAGGCUGCUGCCUGUGGUCAAGACAUCUAGGACAGCUCUGCUGAACAUCUGUAAUCUCACAGAGUCAUGCUGUGACACGUUGGCUUUAACUCUCAGAUCAAACUCCUCACCCCUGAGAGAGCUGGACCUGAGUAACAAUGACCUGCAGGAUUCAGGAGUGAAGCUGCUCUCUGCUGGACUGGGGGAUUCACACUGUAAGCUGGAGAUACUGAGGUUGAACAGCUGUAAUCUCACAGAGUCAUGCUGUGACACGUUGGCUUUAACUCUCAGAUCAAACUCCUCACCCCUGAGAGAGCUGGACCUGAGUGAAAAUGACCUGCAGGAUUCAGGAGUGAAGCUGCUCUCUGCUGGACUGGGGGAUUCACAUUGUAAGCUGGAGAUACUGAGGCUGAACAGCUGUAAUCUCACAGAGUCAUGCUGUGACACGUUGGCUUUAACUCUCAGAUCAAACUCCUCUCCCCUGAGAGAGCUGGACCUGAGUAACAAUGACCUGCAGGAUUCAGGAGUGAAUCUGCUCUCUCCUGCACUGGGGGAUUCACACUGUAAGCUGGAGAUACUGAGGAUGAACAGCUGUCGUCUCACAGAUAAAUGCUGUGACACAUUGGCUUUAACUCUCAGAUCCAACUCCUCACCCCUGAGAGAGCUGGACCUGAGUGACAAUGACCUGCAGGAUUCAGGAGUGAAGCUGCUCUCUGCUGCACUGGGGGAUUCACACUGCAAACUGGAGAUACUGAGGCUGUCAGGCUGUAGAGUCACAAAGGGAGGCUGUACUUCCCUGGCUUCAGCUCUGAGGUCAAACCCCUCACAUCUGAGAGAGCUGGAGCUGAGCUACAAUCACCCAGCAGAUUCAGGAGUGAAGCUGCUCUCUGCUGUACUGGAGGAUCCCAGCUGUAAACUGGAGAAGCUGAAGCUGAACAGCUGUAGUCUCACAGAGUCAUGCUGUGACACGUUGGCUUUAACUCUCAGAUCAAACUCCUCACCCCUGAGAGAGCUGGACCUGAGUGACAAUGACCUGCAGGAUUCAGGAGUGAAUCUGCUCUCUGCUGGACUGGGGGAUUCACACUGUAAGCUGGAGAUACUGAGGCUGUCAUUCUGUAGAGUCACAGAGGGAGGCUGUACUUCCCUGGCUUCAGCUCUGAGGUCAAACCCCUCACAUCUGAGAGAGCUGGACCUGAGCUACAAUCACCCAGGAGACUCAGGAGUGAAGCUGCUCUCUGCUGUACUGGAGGAUCCCAGCUGUAAACUGGAGAAGCUGAAUGUGGACCAAAGUGGAGAGUACAGGACCAGACCAGGCAUACAGAAAUACUCCUGCCAGCUGACGCUGGACCCCAACACAGCACACAGCCGCCUGUCUCUGUCAGAGAGGAACAGGAAGGUGACAUGGGGGACAGAGCAGCCAUAUCCUGAUCAUCCAGAGAGAUUUCACUACUGUCUCCAAGUUCUGUGCAGAGAGAGUCUGACUGGUCGCUGUUACUGGGAGGCUGAGUGGAGUGGAGUAGCCAUGAUAGGAGUGACUUAUAAAGGAAUCGGGAGGAAAGGAAACAGUUAUGACUGUCAGCUUGGAGCCAAUGACAAGUCAUGGAUGCUGCGCUGCUCUGCUGACAGUUACUCUGUCUGGCACAAUAAUAAACGGACUGUCAUACCCAUAGAGCCCUCAGACUCCCGCAGAGUAGGAGUGUAUCUGGACCGGGCGGCUGGUACUCUGUCCUUCUACAGAGUCUCCUCUGAUAGAAUGACCCUCCUGUACAGCUUCACCUCCUCAUUCACUGAACCCCUCUAUCCAGGGUUUGGGGUUUGUGCAAACUCCCCCGUGUCGCUGUGCAUGCUGGAAUAGCUCACUGCGUGCUGGAGGAAUCAUUUUUACCUUAUCAGAGUGUCACAUACAUGUCGCUGCUUCUCCAUGGCAAAAAAGUAAAAUCUCUGCUUUUUAACCAGUAUAACCCUUUUUACUCAGUCUGAAGUGAGACACAUGUUAGACAAAAAUAAGUCACUGGGUUUUGCAAGCUGAAGAAACAUGGAAAAUGACUUUUUUUCUCUCCGUUUAAAAUACAAUGAAAUGUAAUCCUCAUGGGGGGGUUCCCCUCCCAUGUACAGUACAGGCCAAAAGUUUGGACACACCUUCUCAUUCAAUGUGUUGUCUUUAUUUUCAUGACCAUUUGGUAGAUUCUCACUGAAGGCAUCAAAUCUAUGAAUGAACACAUGUGGAGUUAUGUACUUAACAAAAAAAAGUGGCAUAACUGAAAACAUGUUUUCACAUGUUUUGCACACUCUUGGCAUUCUCUCGAUGAGCUUCAAGAGGUAGUCACCUAAAAAUGGUUUUCCAACAGUCUUGAAGGAGUUCCCAGAGGUAUUUAGCAAGUGUGCAAAGCAGUAAUCAGAGCAAAGGGUGGCAAUUUUGAAGAAACUAGAAUAUAAAAAAUGUUUUCAGUCAUGUCACCUUUUUUU